AUGGCGCAGCCGGGCAGGGCCAGCCUCAAGGAGCAGAGAUACGACCGGCAGCUGAGAUUGUGGGGUGACCAUGGACAAGAAGCUUUAGAAUCUGCCCAUGUUUGUGUGAUAAAUGCAACAGCAACAGGAACCGAAAUACUCAAAAACUUAGUGCUACCAGGUAAUAUUUUUUUUCCCCAAGGUAUUGGUUCAUUUACAAUUGUUGAUGGGAAUCGGGUCUCUGGAGAAGAUGUCGGAAAUAAUUUCUUUCUACAAAAAAGCCAUAUUGGUCAGAAUCGUGCCCAGAGUGCCACUGAGCUCUUGCAAGAAUUGAAUAAUGAUGUUUCUGGAAACUUUGUGGAAGAGAGUCCAGAAAAACUUCUAGACAAUGACCCUUCCUUUUUUAAUCGGUUUAAUUUAGUGGUUGCAACACAACUACCAGAAAGUACAUUGCUGCGCUUGGCAGAACUUCUCUGGAAUUCUAACAUUCCUCUGCUGGUCUGCAGGACUUAUGGACUGGUUGGUUAUAUGCGAGUCAUUAUUAAAGAACAUACAGUUGUUGAAUCUCAUCCUGACAAUAUGUUAGAAGAUCUGAGACUGGACAAACCAUUUCCAGAACUGAGGGAACACAUUCAAUCUUAUGACUUGGAUCAUAUGGACAAAAAGGACCAUAGCCACACUCCAUGGAUUGUGAUUGUAGCCAAGUAUCUAACAAAAUGGUUCAACGAGAAAAGUGAUCAGUUGCCUAAGAGUUACAAAGAAAAAGAAGCCUUCAGACAACUGAUUCGGCAAGGUAUCUUAAAGAAUGAAAAUGGGACCCCAGAAGAUGAGGAAAACUUUGAAGAAGCUAUAAAAAAUGUGAACACAGCAUUAAAUACUACAGAGAUUCCAAGAUGCAUUGAAGAGAUUUUUAAUGAUGAUUGCUGCAUAAAUCUCACGGAGCAGUCACCCUCAUUCUGGAUUUUGGCUCGAGCUGUAAAGGAGUUUGUGGCAAAGGAGGGGCAAGGAAGCUUGCCUGUCCGGGGCACUAUUCCUGAUAUGAUAGCAGACUCCAGUAAAUUUAUCAAACUGCAAAAUGUAUACCGUGAAAAGGCAAAGAAGGAUAUUGCUGCUGUGGGUAACCAUGCCGCUAAAUUGUUACAAUCCCUAGGCAAGGCAUCCGAAUCUAUUUCAGAGAGAGAAUUAAAAUUGCUUUGCAGCAACUCAGCUUUUCUCCGAGUAGUACGAUGUAGAUCUCUGUCUGAAGAAUACUGUUUAAACACUUUUAACAAGGAUGAAAUCAUUUCCCAUAUGGAUAACCCAGACAGUGAACUAGUGCUUUACUUGAUGCUACGGGCUGUGGAUAGAUUUUAUAAGCAGCAUGGUAGAUAUCCAGGUGUCUACAACUAUCAGGUAGAAGAUGAUAUUGGAAAACUAAAAUCAUGCCUUACUAGUUUCUUACAAGAACAUGGGUUGUCUGUAGUGGUGAAAGAUGACUAUGUUCAUGAGUUUUGUCGCUAUGGAGCUGCUGAGCCACAUGCUAUUGCUGCCUUCAUGGGAGGAGCUGCUGCACAGGAGGUUAUCAAAGUCAUUACAGGGCAGUUUGUAAUUUUUAAUAACACCUAUAUUUACAGUGGAAUGUCACAGACUUCAGCAACUUUCCAGCUGUAGGAUAACAAUCUUGCAUCUUGCCACCAGACACUGCUGCUGUGUUCUGUAAAUACUGUGGUGUUCUGCCACUGACUGGACUGUUCUGUAAUACCUGCAAAUUAAAGUUCUUUUAUUUGUAACGAUUUUAUCUCC